AUGUCAGUUGAAGAACCGGUGUACGACCCCGAACAGGACGCUGAGGCAGUCCGGGAGACAAGAAGGGGGUAUCAUCGCACGAGUGCCGUGUGGGAAAAUAUUGAUGGCGACGCGCACAUAGAGAAGCAGAAAGACAUAUCCACAGACCUGGUCGUACAAACACUAGCGGAGGCAAACAAGCUAUUCGAUACAGUCCACCAGAUCAAUGAGGCCACAAAUGACUCUAGUCUCUUGCUGCAAAUCUCGGAGAUUGGCGCGGCGAAGGCGCGGGCAAUGAAGUCGGGGACAGGAGCAUUCGACACCGACGACUUCAUCGCGCGCUUGAUCACGUACAUGGGUGGCCGUCGACAUGCGGCACACGUGCAGAACGAGGACGACGACGACAGCGAGUUCGACGCGGGGGACGCGCCGCUAGACUGGGAGAAGCUGGGGCGGAAGGCUUUGGCGAAGAGCAGGAGAGCGCCGGCGAUGGAUUUUAUGCUAGGACCCUUGUCAAUCGAGCAGAAGAAGCGUGCCGCAGGAAAACGCGCAAAACUGGAGAAGAACAAGAAUGACAUGAAGAAGCCUCAGGAAAUCAGAGAAGAGGAUAUCACUCGCUCUGCUAACGAGACGACUGCGAACGUCGCGAUGGUCGAGAGAAUCCUGGCCGAACUGGAGGGAGACAACCAUAAUGUCUUCAAAGUCAUCAUCAAUCCCCACGACUUUGGUCAAUCUGUCGAGAAUCUGUUUUAUCUCUCAUUCCUCAUUCGCGAUGGCAAGUGCGCGUAUUUCGAGGACGAAGAGACGGGGGAACCUGUCAUCAUGUUAUGCGAGCCGCCAACGGCCAAGGACUACGCGGAGAAACUCACAAAACACCAGCUUGUCAUGGAACUCGAUAUGAAAGUCUGGAAGCGGGCGAUCGAAGUGUUCAACAUCACGGAACCGAUCAUUCCUCAGCGGCCAAAGGCACAGAUGCGCAUUGGGGACAAGUGGUACGGCUAA